AUGGCAUCUGGAUUUGGUCAUCUUGAAGUUGUUAAAUAUCUUAUUUCAAUUGGAGUAAAUCCAAACGACAAAAAUAAUAAAGGAUUUUCACCAAUAAUUGUUGCAUCACUAAAUGGUCAUCUUGAAGUUGUUAAAUAUCUUAUUUCAAUUGGAGUAAAUCCAAACGACAAAAAUAAUAAAGGAUUUUCACCAAUAAUUAUUGCAUCACAAAUUGGUCAUCUUGAAGUUGUUAAAUAUCUUAUUUCAAUUGGAGUAAAUCCAAAUGAUAAAACCAAUAAAGGAACUUCAUCAAUAAUUGUUGCAUCACAAGAAGGUCAUCUUGAAGUUGUUAAAUAUCUUAUUUCAAUCGGAGUCAAUCCAAAUGACAAAAGUAAUUAUGGUAGUUCUUCACUUCAUUUAGCUGCAAUUAAAAGACAUUUUGAAGUUAUUGAAUAUUUAAUAUCCAUUCAUGUAAAUGUUAAUGAUAAAAACAAAAGUGGAAAAACCGCACUUGAUAUUGCAAGGGAAAAGGAAAAUGAAAAUAAAAAUUAUAAAAAGAUUGUUAAACUUCUUUUGCAAUCAGGUGCUCAAUAA